UCAAAACAAACAAAAAACACGUCAAAACGGAAUUGGUAAAAAUAGUGACGGAAUCUUGUGAGAAAAACUUAACAGGUUUAAAUCCAAAUUUCGUUUAGGUACGAAUAAGUCAGGUCUAAUCCAGUAAUCGUAAAAUAUGUUUUCGCGUAAAAAAUCGGUACCAGUUAAGCGAAGAAAUCAUGAUUUAUCACAGUUUGGCCUAACGGAAAUUCCAGAUGAUUUUGAUCCAUCCGGCGGUAAUGGUGAUGAUGUUGAUAAUGAUAGUGACUUGGAAGCAGAACUAGCAGCUAUUGCUGGCGGAGGAGGUAAGAGACCCAUUCGAAAUUUCCAGUCUAAGAAGCAAGUGAACACGGAUCUUGACAAAAUGGUCGCGGACAGUCUGAAAGAUAUUGGGAGUGAAGACGAAGAUGAUGCAGAUUUGGAAAAUGACACAGAUCUUUUAGGUGAACUGCACAAUAUAGUAGGGAUUGAAGGAAACGGCGAUGAGAGUGUUGAUGCUGAAGCAGUAGAUCAGCCAAGUGAUGGUUCAAUCGUUACGCAGCAAGAGGAACAGCCAACAAUCUUGGCUACCACAAGUGUAGAUACCAUAAGCCUUAUUCAACAGCGUAUAGAAAUGUACAAAUUGGCCGAAGUCAACGCCAAGACAGCAGGUGAAAAUGCAAAAGCACGCAGAUUUGGGCGGGGUCUAAAAACUUUGUUGGAGCUGCAGAAACAAGCAAAAUCGGGAAAGGAAGUAAACGAGAAUGAUAUCCCGCCAGAAGUUAGUGUGAAGCCUCAAGCCGAACAGGUAGAGGACCAAACACCCAAUGUUCCUUCACGUUCAGCUCCACCACCACCAAAGUUGACCCCGCCUACUCCACCCAAUGUUCCUUCACGUUCAGCUCCACCACCACCAAAGUUGACCCCGCCUACUGAUGAAACAACUUCAUUAUCGCCUACAGAUGAAACAACUUCACCCAUAAACUCAGAAUCAUCGAAGCCGACCAGUUCGGUCUUAUUGCAAAUGGAGGAACGUCAACGUCAAUACAAAGCAGCAGCGCUGCAGGCAAAACGCAAUGGUGAAACCAGCACCGCAAUACAAUUCCUUAAAGUAGUAAAACAGUUUGACUUGGUCAUACAAAUGGUGGAGAAGGGCGAGGAGGUCGAUUUGAGUGAUAUGCCUCCAACUCCUGAUAAAUUUAUGGAUUUCUUGUCUAAACUUCAAGGAAAUGCAGAAGAAGCAGGUAAAGGUGCCGCAGCAGAACCUGCGCCAAUUGAAACCCCGGAAUCUGUUCCAAUUCAGGAGGACGCAAGCGCGCCGCUUUCCAUGCUAGAAGCACUUGAGCAACGACUAGAGAAGUACAAAUCAGUGGAAGAAUCGGCUAAGACAGAAGGCAAUUCCAGCAAGGCCCGUCGAUUUGCUCGCAUCGUGAAACAGUACGAAGAUGCUAUUAAACAAUAUAAAGUUGGACGACCAGUGCCUUACGAUGAAUUACCUGUCCCACCAGGUUUUGACCCACUACCAAUUAUGAAUACGACACCCGUUAAUCCUUCGGCUAAAAAAACUACACCAAUACCCAAACGUUCAGAUCCACCGACAAAUGAAAGCAUUUCAAGCCAAGGUUCCUCAGAGAGUACGCCAGUGCCAAUAACAUCUCAAUCGCCACCACAAAAAACUGAUUUAACUACGCGCACAUCAGGAAAUCAGCAAAAGAACAAUUUAGCCGAGCAACAGAUGAAAAUUCUUAUUGAUCGGCAAAAGGAAUUUAAAGUUGCUGCAAUUGAGGCAAAGAAAGCUGGAGAAAUCGACCAGGCAAAGGAAUACCUUAAAAUAUAUAAAGGAUUUGAUGCAUUAUUAAAUGCAGCUAGUAGUGGAUUGCCGGUGGAUCUUAGUACGUUGCCUUUACCACCGUCUCAACGCGACAAUUUGGAAGCAUCUUUUGCCAUUGUGACAACAGAAGAAUGCGAUCCCGAUGAUGACAUAUCCGAUAUUGGAGUACGGGUUGAAGAACAAUUAGCCAAACAAUUAAUGAUGUGCAAAAAUACAAGAGAUCAUCACAAAGCCAUGGGUGAUGUAGCUGGCAUGAAUCGCUUUGAAAACUUGGCUUUGACAGUGCAGAAAGAUUUGGACUUAGUGCGUUAUUCGAAGCGUAAAAACUUAUCUCUGCCCAAAUUUCAUUAUGAAAGACGAAGCUUCAAUAUUGUGCAUUGUAACACAGAACUCACCGAUAACGAGUUGGAAAUAGUUAUUGUACGUGGUCUUAACUAUAAUGUGCCUAACCCGAAAGAUGUAGAUACGUACGUGAAGUUAGAAUUUCCACUUCUAAAUGAUGAAACAUUUAAAGCAAAAACUUCGGUAAUAAAGAAUACAGAGAGUCCAGACUAUGAUCAACAAUUCCGGGUAGAGAUACAACGUGGGAAUCGACAGUUCCAACGCAUUUUUAAAAGGCAUGGUGUAAAGUUUGAAGUGCUAUCGCGUGGUUGCAGUUUAGACUAUUGUGGACUAAGUCGUAUACUGCCUACGUGUUGUUUCAGUGGAUUCCUGCGCUCGGACACACUCAUCGGCACGGUUAAUGUGAAAUUACAGCCACUGGAGACGAAGUGUGAUAUACACGAUACAUUCAACCUGAUGGAUGGGCGUAAAGCAGUUGGUGGCAAAUUAGAAAUUAAAUUGCGAGUUCGUAACCCCAUUUUCACUAAGCAAGUGGAACAUGUUGAAGAAAAGUGGCUUGUACUGGAUGCUUAGGGUUUCGAUGCACAUAAAUCCUAAAGUUAAAUAAUUGAUUGUAUUAAAACUAGCUUUAGGUAAAUUGAUUACAGCCAGAUUCUAUUGCAUGAAUUUUUAUCCAAUAGAUUAUUAAAAAACCGAAUCAAUAUUUAAAAAUCAACGUAAAGAGUGGAACUUAAUGAUUGCUUUGUGGUACGAAAUCAAAAAAUAAAACAUAAAAUUCUUCAUGUA